AUGAUAGCGCAAAAGAGGUCGUACUCGCACCUCAACAACGAAGGCGAAAUGAGCAACCACAGCGAUGAGGAAAGCGCAGUUAAAAGGCCACGAAAUAAAAGUGCCAGUAGCAAUAGGUCCUUCGGAAGUUACCACGAUGAGGAAAACGAAAACGAUGAAAGAAUGAGUUACACUGGUAGUGGCACAACCACAGAAAUGAGAAUCCCCUAUUGUCUUCUCCUACCCAAUAGGGCAAUAGGCUUUGUGAUUGGUAAAUCAGGAAGUAAUGUACGUGAAAUCGAAAAGGCCUGCGGAGCGGUUAUAAAAUGCCAAAAGGAAUUUGACAUCUCAGUGUAUCCGCCUCCGUCGGAAAAAAUCCUAACCAUUUUCGGAAAAAAGGAAAAUAAAAAAAAAGCAUUAGAAUUGGUUUUAGGUAAAUCUAAAACGGUUAUGGAUUUCCAUGAAGAGGAUGGAAAAGAAUCCAUCGUUAUUAUCGUACCUACUAGAUCUAUCCCCAUCAUUAUUGGACAGAAGGGCGCCAAAAUUGCCUCUCUAUGUGAAAAGUCAGAAUGCGAAAUUAAUGUGCAUAACGAUGAUGUUCCAGGAAUUAAGGAUAAGGCUAUUUUUAUUAAGUCGAAAAAAAUUGGAAAAAUUAUUGACUGCAUAGGCAUCAUUUACGAUUUAUUGGAGGACAUUGUGGAUAAUGGUAUUCUUUCCUUGUUUGAGUUUCCUGGGGUUCCCAAAAGUGGCGCCGUGAUCUCUCCCCUGAGUGGUGGUCCUGCCGGUGGCGGUGCGUUGCCGGAUGCCCCGGACAGGAUGGGUGGCGGCCCGAUGAACAAUAACCAAAUGGGUGGAGGUGGCGGCGGCGGAGGGCCCAACAGCCACUACCACCAGGGAGGUGCACACCAUCACUUUAAUCACGACACGAAAUAUAACAUGAAAAUGAACGACAAUAGUAACUCCUUCGAAUAUAUGAGCGGUGACGAUUAUGAUAACUUCUCAGUUCCGAAUGAGAGGAAUCUGUUGUUGCACAGGUAUGGAAAGGAAGUGAGCGCCUGCGUGAUACGUUUCGUUCUGGACGUAGAAACGACCGCAUGGAUAAUCGGAAAAGCAGGGUGUCACAUAAAGGAAAUAAGAACCAUAACAGGAGCGGGUGCAGUAAUAGUAGACGCCCCCGAUAAUAUAGAAAAUGUGAAAACGUGUGAUCGUAUUUUAACCCUAUCCGGAUCGGCGGAAAAUAAAUUUAAUGCACUCAAAUUAAUCGUCAGACAAAUGGAAGAAAGGGAAAAAAAUAUCAACCACCCAAUGCGUAUGCUGGUCCCAGGAAAGGCAGCUAGCUUCCUAAUUGGUAAAAAGGGCUCCAUUAUAAAGUACAUCACCGAUAUGUCGGGUUCUCAAAUACAGGUAGCUAAAAAUAAGGAAAGUGAAAAUGAAAAACUAGUCCUCAUUAGCGGUUCUCCCGAUUCUAAGAUAUUGGCCUCCAUUUUAGUUUUGCAAAAAUUAGAAGAGUACGAAAAUCCAGCCAUCGUUAGGGAGGGAUUGCUCAUCCCUUUGAAUGACGUCCUCUUAAACGUAAACAAUAACAAGUAUGCUAAUGUAAAAAAAGGAAACAACAACAGUUAUAAUAACAGCGGGGUGGGUAACCACGGCAAGCCAAUGCAUAACCACCACCAAGCGAAUAUGAAAAGUGACAGGUAUUUUCCUCCUAACUCCAUGCCCAACAAUCAUUACGGAAGGGAUUCUUCUCCCCAUAGGGUUAACGGAAGCGGCUACGGUGGGGGCGGAAACCACCCUGAUCAUCACCGCCCGAACCGUCACCAUCCAAAUGCCCACGACGACGGGAGCCACAGCCCCGUGAAUAAUAACUACCCUCACGACGACAACACCGCACACAGUCAUAACAAUCAUAACAGUCAUAAUAGUCAUAACGGUAAUCACCAUAACUCACUUAAAAACCCAAACGACAUGAAAGAAAAGGUGGAGAAAAUGUUCCUCCAACAGUUAUACAAAUCCUUCCCCAUUUCUUCCCUCCCAAAAAUCCUAUCCAUCACACAACCGUACACUAUCGAACUGAACAUGCCCGAUGUGUACCUGGAAACGUUCGACGCGCAAAAUAAAAAUGGAAAAUCCUUAAUUGAGGAAAUCAUUGAAAAGUCUGGCUGUAAUAUUUCCAUCUGUACCGACUCCAAUGACUCCUCUUCAUACACCUUUAUCCUCUCCAUCACGGGUUCCCCCCUCGCCAACUCCAUUGCCAUCCUCAUGAUCCAGGCCAAAAUAUUCCAGUUCGACUGGUUCUGA